UUCAUAGGGUUCCACUUGUUCCUUUGCUCAUUUUUACCUUUAUAAAUGUAUCCACGAUCCUUUCUUUUUAAAACUAGCUAAGAAUGUUACAGACAUUGUCUUUCAACAGAAUCCAUAAGGGUAACACUAUGCAAAAAGCAAACACUUUCUGGCAAGCAUCUCCCAAGUGCCAGAGAUACUCAAGAACUUGGGGUGGGAACAGGGGAGGAGAAGGGGGGUUGUGUAGGUUGAAGAAGUCAAAGAAGCAUAAAGAUUAUAGGCAAACAGUCUACCUUUCUUUACAAGGCCUUGUUUUACAUCCCCGAAAUCUCAAAUUUAGCUAUUACAAUGAAGUCCUGUUGCAGAAGGAGCUGGCUUUUUUUUUAUCACCACUUAAAAUCUAAUUAAUCCAUAUUGAAGCACAAAGAUUUCUGUUGUAUUUUAGGGUGAGGGGUCAUAGAGCCUCCUUUGUUCAUCCUUAGACUUGUAAUCAUCAGGCAUUGGGGAUAUAAUUUUACCAGCAAAUUGGAAGGUAGCAGAUCAAAUCCUUAUCAGAGAACUCAACUCAUGGUUUUAACAGAGUCCUUCGUCCUUUACAUGAAACCUUAUAUUCAGGAAGAACAAAAAUGCCAUUUUAGCUGAUCUAAAGGGUUAAUUGCAAAAGCUUAUAUUUGUUGCAGCAAGAAACCAAGACUGUCAUAGAACCAUCAACUACAAAAGUCGGCAGCUCUUCUAGGGGAGCAAGACAGACAUUACUGGAAAUUUAAAAAUUUGUGACAAUGGUUUUAAUCUUCAAGAGAAUAAUUCAAUUAGUUGGGCUUUCAUUAUCUUUAUUGGGAUGGAUUUUGUCCUGUCUCACAACUUACUUGCCGCAGUGGAAGAUUCUGAAUUUAGAGCUAAAUGAAAUGGAGAACUGGACUAUGGGACUCUGGCAGACUUGCGUUUUCCAAGAGGAAGUGGGGAUGCAAUGUAAGGAUUUUGAUUCAUUCUUGGCUUUGCCUACUGAGCUGAAGAUCUCCAGGAUUUUAAUGUUUCUGUCAAAUGGGUUUGGAGUUUUGGGCCUGCUUGUGUCUGGGUUUGGUUUGGAUUGUUCGAGGAUUGGAGAAGGGCAAGGAGAACUCAAGAAACGGCUGAUGAUCCUGGGAGGAAUUCUGCUAUGGCUUUCAGGAAUUACAGCUCUCAUUCCGGUGUCUUGGGUUGCCCACAUCACAGUUCAGGAGUUUUGGGAUGAAACCAUUCCAGACAUUGUCCCCAGAUGGGAGUUUGGAGUAGCUCUCUUUGUUGGUUGGGUUGCUGGAUUUUCUCUUCUGCUUGGAGGGUUUCUACUUAACUGUGCAGCCUUUUCAACCGAAACUCCUUCGGGCCACUACACGGUGGCAGAAAUGCAAACUCAGUGUCCACACCUGGAAGCUGGAAACACAGAUCCUAAAGUGUAG